GGAGAGACAGAGAGAGGAAGAGACAGUGACUGAGACGAAAGGGGAUGCUUCACUCUGACCGACCCUGAAAUUAAAGUGUUAUUAUUUUACUUAUUUUAAUUUUUUUUUUUAUUAAAGUUCAACUGUGAAAAAUAAAGAAAGAAGAUAUUUUAAGGAGUGCAGCGCGAUCGUGUAGAACGAGCGCGAGAGAGAGAGGAGAGUCGCGCUCCCUCCUCCUCUCUGUCAGUCAGUCCUGUGAAAUCACAGUGAGAUCCCGCUGCUGUGAGACUUCCUCGUCAGGACACAGGCUGUCAGGAGAGCAGAACACCGCGGGACAGACGGGACAGUAUUCAAACGGGCUCGCUGGCAUGGCUGUGCUGAUUUCUGCCGGAGGAUGAGAGAACCUGAGAGGAUCGAAAGUCCGUCGGUAGGCCUAGUCAAUGGGAGCUGUGGGGGAGGGGCUCAGACUCAGGAGGGUGCCCCCCCCAUCUCUCUGCUGGACAGACUGAGACUGACACAGGAGGCCUGGGCCCCUGAGAGUGAGGAGGAGACAAGACGGGCCCGAGAAGAACUAAGGAGACAGGCUCCUGGGGGGUUUCUGGUGCUGAGAGACUCCUGUGGUUCUGGGCCUGGUUCUGGUUCUGUUCUGUGUGUCUCUGUCAGUGAAGGAACCGACAGUCCAGGAGUUAGAGAAUUCCCCAUCCUGCAUCAUAAUACCUCAGUCUUUCACCUGCAGGACUCACAGCUUGGAUUCACAGACCUGCCCCAGCUACUGGGAUUCUACACUGUGAGCAGAGACAUCUUGCCGUGCCGUUUAAUCCUCCCUCCCAGUCUCCUCCAAUUCUCCACAGACCAGUUAAGGAGGGCAUCCAAACUGGGAACCAAAUUCUGGCUGCAUAAUCACCUCCCCUCCCCCUCCCCCUCCCACUCCCAUCAUGUGACCUCCGCUAGCGGCGCGCUGUGCUUCAUUAACCCUCUGUUCCUGAGGGAGCACGGAGACGCCUGGCUGACACGCCCCCCUGCCCCCCCGCCGGCCAAGUGCGGCCGAGACAGGCGUGUCACCAACGCCCGGACCUGGGGAGGAAGGGAGCUCAGAGCCAGGAAGCAGAGCUCAGUGGACAGAGAGAGCAGUGGGGAGGCCACCCCCAGAGCCUCCUCUUUUGAAGACCCUGUCUCCCCCUCCCCCUCCGUCACCCUCAGAUGCAAAUCCUCGCCUUGCACAGCGUGGAGCUGGAACGAGGGAGCGAGACAGUCCUUGGAAGGAGAAGAAGGAGGGGGAGGGGGAGGGGGAGGGGGCGGGAGUAGCCCCACCCCCCAGUCUCCUCACAGGGCCUCCUGGGUCGAGGCCUCCCUCUCCCCCUUCUCUCUGCUGCCCCCUGCCUGUGAGCUUGACUCACUGUCUCUCAGCAGCAUGGAGGAAGAGGACACGGGGGAGGGGGACACACGCACACACACCCUCCCCCGCACGCACACACCCUCGCCCUCCGCCACAAAGAGACACUCGCUGGCACUCACCGACAAGGUACUGCACCGCAUCUCUGCCGUGGGCAACGCCCUGGGGGGGCUCCUCAGUGCGGAGCGGCGGGUGUGGAGCCGGGUGGCUGAGCUCUCUCAGAAGGGGGGCUCUGAGUUCGGGGGCCGGCUGCGCGCGUUCCUGAAGCGCCCCCCAUCACCCACCCGCCACGGCACCAGCACGGAGCUGCUGAGUGCGGUCCGGCAGACCCUCUCCGAUCUGAAGAGCUGCCUGAGACAUGGGUCCGAACUGCAGACCCUGCUGGACAGCCUGGCCAACGAGACAGGAGAGGAGCACCUCGACUCGGUGCUGGAGUCCUGUCUCCACAAAAUGGUUCUGAAGCCGCUGCGCUCCCAGCUCUACUCCCACCUCCACCAGUUUCGGACUCGCGACGGAACGCUGGCCGCCCUGCUGGACAACCAGCUGACCAUGAGGGGGCAGGGCCCGGCCGAGCUGGGCGUGGCCACGGCAGCCCUGCCGGAUUCCGUCGCCAUGGAGAAGCUCCGCCUCCUGUUCCAGGCCAUGCACGAUACCUACUCCCCAGGGAAGCAAGUGAAGCUGCUGCUGAGAGCGUGCAAGUGCAUCUACCAGAGCAUGAGCAGAGCAGACGAGGACAAGCCUCUCGGCGCAGAUGAUUUCCUGCCAGUCCUCACAUACACUCUGCUGCACAGCGACAUCUCGAACCUGCAGCUCGACGUGGAAUACAUGAUGGAGCUGCUGGAGCCCAGCCAGCUACAGGGGGAGGGGGGGUACUAUCUCACCACGCUGUUCGGAGCUCUCUUCCACAUCAGGAGCUACCAGCCCCGCAUGGUGACCCGCCAAAUCAGUGUUGAGGCGCAGAAAUCCAUCAGCCAGUGGCAGCGCCGGAGAACCAUCAACAACAGCCAGGGGUGGAGGAGAGUGACACAGGAUUACCUGCGUGUCUCCCUACACUCUCCCGGUAAUUGCAUGCGCUCGGUGCCCCUGCGCCCCCAGGGGACGGUGGGGGACAUGGCAAGGGCCUGUGCUGAGCGCUACGGGCUGGGGGAGUCCCAGGGGUACAGCCUGUACCUGUACAAGGGGGAGCAGCGCCUCCCACUGGACAGCAGAGACAACCUGCGCAGAAUCCAGAACGAGCUGAGGCAGGAGAGGGCAAGGGGGCAUUUUGUGUACUGUCAGGGAGGAGGGGGAGGGGAGGGGGGCAUUGGCGGGGGACCUCCCCACGGGAGAGGGGGAGGGGGGGGAGGAGGGAGACGGGACACCUGGAGGGGGAGAGGAAAAGGGGAGAGGGGAGACAGGGGGAGCUGGAGGAGCGGGAGGGGACACAGGGGGAGGGGAGACAGGGCGAGCCACAGGAAGACAGCGAGGACUACCAGAAGGAGGAGGAUCUUACCGCUUUGUAAACAAAGUAUAUAA